AGGACAUCAGUUCAUGAAGACGGGCGACAUUGUACUACAACUCCCAGAAUCCUGCACCAUAGAGGGCAGGAAGUUCCUACGCACGACCUUGUGCACCACUACUCUACGAAGAGAAAGGCAGCAUGGCUAACAAGGAGCCUAGUAGAUUCAUGCAGCAGCUACGGGACAUUGCUGGUCGUAUGUCCUCCGGUCAGAGAGGAGCUGGGAUUGGCUUGAAGUUGCUGUUGGGUGCAGGAGCAGUUGCCUAUGGUAUUAAAGAAGCAACAUAUACAGUUGAGGGUGGACAGAGAGCAAUUAUAUUCAAUAGAAUUGGUGGAAUUCAGAUGGAUACAGUACUUGCAGAAGGUCUUCACUUCAGGAUACCAUGGUUCCAGUAUCCCAUCAUUUAUGAUAUAAGAGCUAGACCAAGAAAGAUUUCCUCUCUUACCGGAAGCAAAGAUCUCCAAAUGGUGAAUAUAGCCCUUCGUGUUUUGUCCAGACCUGUUGCUACAAAUCUACCAACUCUUUACCAGCAAUUAGGGAAAGACUACGAUGAACGAGUCUUGCCUUCUAUUGUAAAUGAAGUUCUCAAGAGUGUGGUUGCCAAGUUUAAUGCAUCCCAGCUCAUCACACAGAGAGCACAGGUAUCUUUGCUGAUACGCCGCGAAUUAUUUGAGAGGGCCAAAGACUUCAACAUUAUCCUUGAUGAUGUGGCAAUCACAGAGCUUAGCUUCAGCAAGGAGUACACAGCAGCUGUUGAAGCUAAACAAGUUGCUCAACAGGAGGCACAGAGAGCUCAGUUUUAUGUGGAGAAGGCAAAACAGGACCAGAAACAGAAAAUCAUCCAAGCUGAAGGAGAAGCAGAAGCUGCCAGAAUGCUUGGGGAGGCAGUAACUAAAAACCCAGGAUAUUUGAAAUUGAGACGGAUCCGGGCUGCCCAGAACAUUGCUAAGACGAUUUCAUCAUCCCAGAAUAAAGUUUACCUGAAUGCAGAUAGCCUGGUUCUGAAUCUACAGGAUGAUUCAUUUAACAAUUUAUCACUGGUCAGUGGUACAGGGAAGAAGUAAAGCACUUACCAUUCCAUAUGCUGGUUUGAGACAACAGUAGAGUCCUGUGCAAGUUUAGAAACGAAGGGAAGAGGAGUGUCAUCCCUUGGUCACAUUGCCUAUUUAUUGUUUUUUUGUAUUAUUGGCUUGAUUUCCAAUCCAGUAAAAUAAUGUUUAUCCUCCUCUAUAAUCACAUUGAAAAGUAAAUGUAUCUGGUCAAGUUUUGAAAAUCUUUAUAACUAGGUUCUAAUUGACCUAGAAAAAAAUAUGUAUUAGCCUAUAGACUAAAUGACUUUGCAAUGAAGUAAAUUUGUCUUAAUUUAUAUUCUUGAUAAUGACAUAAUAUUAAUCUUCCUACAUCAACAUGUGCUGUUUUAAUUAAAGCAGAAAAGGAGAUAAAAUUGUUUAGUAUGUGCAUUAAUAUGAAAAGAUAUUUAGUGUAUUUGUCAUAAGUAUUUGACAGAUCUGCAGAAUUAUUCCAUUAUAUCCUAAUGCAAUUAAAAUUCAUUAGGCCAACAAAAUAAAUCAUUUUGAAUAAGUAUA